CAUGGUACAGAAACCAGGAUAAGCUCCAGCCUGGUGGGCCACUUGGCUCAUAUACAAACUUAACCUUUUUUACCUUUAUCUAGUAUGUAUGAGGAUCCAGUUAAUUAAUUAAAAAUACAAUGAUGUACUUACAGUAUUUUAGAAGCAACCAUAAUUUGGAUUAAUUGAAAGUGCUAAAUGUUGUCAAUAGCCCAGUUGAAGUAUGGUAGGUGUUCUUAAACUUUCAUGUAGCUGUAUGGAUUUUGUUGUACAUUUUCAGAGAACAUGCAGGAUUCUAACAAUGUUGUACAGAAGCAUUAUUCAAACUGAUGGACAUGGUGGUGCAGCAAAAUGGAAGGUCUGCCUGUUGUUAAAAGUUUUUCUUCAAAGUGUGGAACCCUGUCUUCGUUUUAUCGAUGAGUGGGUCACAUCAGGGUAUGUCUGUGACCCACAUAAUGAGUUUUUUAUUGAAAGAAUCCAAGCCAUCAGUGUAGACAGUUCAUCAUUCUGGUCUGAUGGUGUGAUUAUUAGAUGUGCCAAUCAACCCUUAAAAUCUGUUGUCCCUUGCUUUCUACAGGAUUUUGUCAACCAGAUAUUUCGAGCUGGGAAGUCUGUAGAGUUAAUUCAAGGCCUUGGAAAGGUAUGCUUGGAUCAAAUUUUUUAUUAAUGAAUAACUAAAUAUAUAUAAUUAUUUUUAAUUUUCAUCAAAUGCAUGUAGUUGUCAUGCUUAAACUUUGCUCAUUGGAUGUGUGAGGAUUUACAGCCAUAGAAGGGAGACUGAAUAUCUACACUUACAUCAAACUUAAGUUUAAAAUCAUUAACUUAUAAUGUUCAGUCAACUUGGCUGUGCCUGUCAAUAACAUGCAAACUCUGAAGUUCAAAGCCUAACUAAUGAUUGCAUUUUUGGGUGCCAUCAAUCAUAAGUUAAAGUAUGAUGACAACCAAGGUAAAAAAGGUAAAAGGUAAAGUCUGCAUACGAGCCAAGUGGCCCAUCAGCCCAGAGCUUAUCCUGGUUUC